UCGUGACAUGUAAAUCGCACUAUGGAUCAAAUAAAAAAAGAAAUGUCAGUGUCAGAUGUGUCAUUCUCUAGAAAAAUCGCUGGCUGAUUGUGUUCGUCGGUUCUGUUUUUUCUCUAUUUUAUCAAUAAAUAACUCCACUAAUUGCAUUUAUUUUGAUUUUUCCAACGAGGGCACCCAAAAAUGGGCGAUAAAACCGAAAACGCACCUGCUGAGAAACCGAAGAUCAAACACGACUGGUACCAGACUGAAGCGCAAGUGGUCAUCACCAUACUCAUAAAAAAUGCUCCGAGUGAUAAAGUAAAAGUGUGUUAUGGAGACAGAAGUCUCUCCGUAACUAGCUCAAUCCCGUCCUCCGACUCUGAAUACAGUCUGGAAUUAGAACUAGCUCACGAGAUAGUUCCAUCAAUGUGCACACACGUCGUCACGCCUUCCAAGAUUGAGGUGAAACUGCGCAAGAAAGAGGGACUGAGAUGGAACGUGUUAGAGGGAGAAGGGAAAGAGGAGACAGUUAAAGCUAUUCCUCAAGCUGUUAUAGACGCGUCCGGACCGCAGCAGCCGCCGAAACUAUUCAAGAAAGACUGGGAUAAAAUAGAGAAAGAAAUCAAGAAAAUGGAAGAAGAUGAAAAGCCCGAAGGCGAUGCGGCAUUAAACGCCCUCUUCCAGAAGAUAUACGGCGAGGGCUCGGACGAGGUGCGCCGCGCUAUGAACAAGAGCUUUGUGGAGUCUGGAGGCACAGUUCUCAGCACCAACUGGAAUCAAGUGGCCAAAGACAAGGUAGAGGUGAAACCGCCCGACGGACUCGAGUUCAAGAAAUGGGAGAACUGAACUGAUAUUUGUUGAGAACUUGGGAUGUUUUCUGCUUCGAGAAAACUAUUUCAGAAUGUAGGGUAGUCAAUCAAUAGGGAAAAUUUUUGCACGUUAUACUCUUUGGACGUACUUACUGUAAAUCCAGAUACAAAAACAAAACUCACCUAUCAUUAGCGAAAUCUGCGAGAAACAUACGCAAAUACAAACAUAAUCUGCUAAAAUCCUAAAAAAGUCGGGUAAAAAAGAUUGUAUCAAAAUCUGUUCAUCCGUUUGGGAACUACAAUGGCGCUGACAGUUAAAAAUGACAAUAUUUACUGUCAAACCCUAACCUAAUAAUUUAGUUCCCUCAAAUCAAAUGUACGUAGUAUCUCUCGAAUGGAAAACAUACCAAGUAGGUGUGUAAUGCAUGUCGAUAGUUACAACACUAUUGUCGAUAUUGAUUGAUGUUUAUCGAUGUACUAAUGCAAACUAGUCAACUUAUACAGUCCAAUCUUUAUUACUGUGCAUUUAGAUACUUUAUACACAAAAAUAAUGAAGAAAAAGAACUUACAAAUUAAGCUGUCAAAGUGUUAAUAUGUUGGCAACAUUGGAUUCACAUGUCAACUGAUAGUGUUGCCAAAUUAUCGGUACUUUUACUAUAGAUAAAAGAUAUUAUUCGUGUCGAUCGAAAGUUAUAGAGUUUUUGUUUUAUUCCACUUUUUAAUGAAGUAAAAAACGGCGUUUUCCUGAGCUACCAACAUGACAACAUUAUGACGUUAACAGAUGCACAGUAAAAUGGAUUUACUUAGUAUUCGAAAAAUCUUAGUACACUAUCGAUGUGUUUACGUUUUAAUGUGUGCCGAAGAAUUUUAUGGAAAUGUAUUGUUAUUUUAUUUGAAUCAAGAGUUCACAUGCUUCAAAAGCACAAAUUUAUAAAAUAUUACAAGAUGGCUGCUGUAAAAUGCAAAUGCAAUUUUUUGUCAAAAAACAGCGACACUAGCGCCCAAAACGUGAACUAAAGUUCAAAUAUGCAUUUCCAUGAAUUCUUCAGUACAACUUAUUAUUAAUUUAAGUUUCAUAUAUUGUGUUAUUCGAUUAUAAGACUGUAAUAUUACGGAGAGUAAUGAAAUAAAAUAUUUGUAAUUAUUUUCGAGUUUUAUUUUUAAAAUCAGACUAGGGUCACACAUAUUUACAAAUACAGUCAGCGUCAAAUCGUUCGUGACACCCAAAGUAGCCAAAAAGUUCGCAACACGUCUUUGUUACAAUUGGAAUAAGGUUGUGUUGUCACCAAUUUGGCCACUUCGGGUGUCCAGAACUAUUUAAAUCUGAUUGUACAACGCAUUUUGACAAAUACUAUCAUGAAAACGUACGUUAUGCGUUUUAAAAUACGUAUAUAUAAUAAUAAUAACUAACUUGUUUCUACCCAUGACUUCGCCCGUGUCGAUGAACGAAAGAAAAAAGUCGUCUUUUUUUAGUUUAUACCAAAAUCAGUUCAACUGGUAAUUCGUGACAGAAGACAUUUUUUUUAUAAUUAUGUUUGUGAAAUAAGUACGGUUUGGUCAAAAUUUAAGUUCUUUUCCGAUGGGGAGUUUAGUACGUAAUACAUUAUCUGUGGUAACUAAUAGGUACAAACUAAAAAGUAAUGUAUUUGUAAAAUACGACACUACAACACUUCUACAAUAUGUAACAAAAACACCGUCCGAUCCGAAAGGGUCAUAAAGUAGCUUUAACAACAUUACCAAAACAAGUAUCAAAAUUACGUAAUUAAUAAAAACAAUUUUUUUAUCGAUUUUUAAAGUCAAUAAGUUUAGCAAUGAUUUAC